GUGCACUGGUAUCUGUGAUCGUGAUUUGUGACGUCAUAAAAUGGUCCUGCCACUUGACCAAUCGCGGGCUCUGGUCCCAUGUCAGUCAUGCCUUAGCUCCGCCCACCCCAAAAGAUUUGGACAAGUUUGGGACAAAUCGCAUUCUGCAACGUGCUUCGCGAAACUUUGAGGACUCGUGUCGUAUGUCGAAAUAGGCAUGGAAAUAUAUCUAAAAACGAUCUGUAAAGAGAGAUUGCCGUGAAACGCCUCGUUUUGGAAUAUCUAUGGUGAAUACCAGCCCCGGGUCAACAACUGGCAACCGGAUUAAGCUCCGCCCUCUCCCUCCGGCGGUGGGCUGUAAGGAGAUUCGGUGUUCAUCAGUACGAUAGUACGGUAUUGUGUGUGGUCGCGUAGAGAAGUACCGCUCCUCUCUUAGUUAGUUUUAACUUAGUGGCGUAGUUGUAACGUAGCUAAACCCACUACUUUGCAAUUAUGAUCAUGGAUCCCGCCGUCACCGUGGAAAACCCCGUCGGGUCCCCAAGUGAGGUGCCCAACGACCCAGGCAAAAUGUUCAUCGGUGGCCUGAGCUGGCAAACUACAGCAGAGGGCCUGAGGGAGUAUUUUAGCAAGUUUGGAGAUAUAAAUGAAGUUAUGGUGAUGAAGGAUCCCACCACACGCCGAUCCAGGUACGUAACCAGGCUGCGACAGGUGUCUUUCGCCAUCCUUGUCGUAAGUAAUGGUAUCUCGUCUGCUUCCUUGCGUCUUCUUUCCUAUUUGACAAGAAUAGGAAAGGAUCGCCCCUAUGACAGGAGUCCAGAAGGGUCAUUAUUGGACACCCCGAUUCAAUCAAAGAUGGGCGCCGUCAUCUUACAGCCUUUUUUAUGA